AUGGGUUUCACACAGAUCCAUGGCCGGUCGAUGUACCGGCUGAUGAGUAUAUGUUGCUCUCUGUCCUUCUGCUUGUACGGAUAUGAUGCAGGUGUUCUCGGUGGUGUCCAGAACACAAAACCCUUCCUAGACGCGCUUGGUAAUCCUACGGGAACCUAUGUCAUCCCCAUGGUGGCAUCUUCCUACGUUCUUGCAGCUACCGUAUGCUCAGUUGGUGUCAUGUUCUUCGGAAUGAAUCUCGGACGUCGUAUGUGCAUCAUUCUCGGGAAUGUCUGCGUUAUUAUUGGUAGCGCCAUUCAAGCCAGUGCCAUGGGCGUUCCACACAUCAUUGUCGGUCGUAUCGUCUGUGGAUUUGGGAUCGGAUUUAUCUCUUCGACAAGUCCAACAUAUAUGGCUGAGAUGAGUAUCACGGCGGCCGAACGUGGUCCAGAGGUUGCACAGCAGUGCUCCUGGCUGAUUGCCGGAAUCGCUAUUGCAUACUGGAUCGACUAUGGUUUUGUUCAGCUCAACAAUCAGAUUUCAUGGAGGUUUCCAAUUGCCUUUCAAUCAUUCUUUGCUAUCCUUUCUCUCGCUGGUAUGAUCAUUCUACCAGACACUCCACGUUGGUACUAUGCGAGAGGUCGCUUAGCCGAGGGGGACUCAGUUCUUGCUCGUCUCCACGACCUACCCCUGGAUUCUGACGCUGUCCAGCAACAGAGGACAGAGAUUCUGACUAGUAUCGAGAUGGAAGAGCACGAGGAGAACAAGCUCAAACUCAUGACAUUCAUCUGGGAUAAUACCGAGCUUCGUGUUGGUCGUCGUAUCAGAAUUUCCUUUUUGAUCCUUUCACUUCAGCAGAUGAUGGGAAUCAAUAUGCUGGUGUACUUCUCGACAAGAAUUUUCUCAAACAUCGGCUACUCUGACAACCUUUCUCAACUGCUGGCUGCCGUUAUGAACACCGGAUUCUGGAUUGGUACUAUACCCACGAUCUUCACAAUUGAGAAGUUUGGACGUCGACCAAUCAUGAUAUGGACAGCAAUCGUCUGUGCAGCGUCGAUGCUUCUCUUCAUCAUCAUGAUUGCUCUUCCGAACCCUACUUUGGCAACACAAUGGACCGCUGUCGCAGGUGUCAUCGUAUUCAAUUUUGCCUUCGGUUACGGUUGGGUCGGAUGUCCAUGGCUUUAUGGUCCAGAGAUUGCACCACUCAAGUACCGUCAUCUUGGAGGAGCAGCUGGCUCUACCGGUGAAUGGCUGUUCUCAUUUAUUGCGGUCUUCGCUGGUGGAAUUGGUAUCGAGACCCAAGGAUGGAAGAUUUGGAUAUGGCAACUCGUAGCCUGCAUUGCCAUCAUCUUUUUCGUGUACUACAUGUGCCCAGAAACGAGUGGAAAGUCGCUUGAAGAGAUUGAUAUGCUCUUUGCUCGGCCAAAUCCCCGUGAUGCUACUUGGAGGGCAGAGAAUGGCUCGGAUCAAUCUGAUGAGAAAAAAUCGGCAAGCGCGUCCGAGAUCGAGAAUAGCCACUAG